GCUCUUUCCAGAAUGGAAAUCUAAAACAAUGAUUUGCCUUCUACUCUAGUUUUCAGCAAGAUUUCUACUACAAUGACACUGAUGGGUACUUGGUUUUUGGGGGCAGUGGAUACGUGCCAGGAAUUAAAGGAUAUUUUGGAUCAGUGAAAUACUACCGUCUCAACAACUUAGAGACCAGAAGGUUUGUUCAUCCAUUCUCCAACAGAGACAUUUCGGAGAGAAUUGAGAUGUUCUAUCAGGAACGUGCUAAUAUCCAGAGUGGAGUAACUAAUCAUGGGUUCUCACUGCAAUAUUUUGAAGAAAACCAACAGUGCCCCCUUAACAACUAUUACUUGGAACUGAGCAACAAAUACAGGAGCUCUCUGAAGUCUGUUGCUUCGGAUUGGGAGAAAGGACUGAGAGGAAAAAAUCACAGCAUGCUUGAAGAAAUGAAAGACACAACUCCACAGUUUCCAGAAGUAUCCCAACCCAAGAAGGAUCUAGCAUUCCAAAUUGGACGCAGGUUGUUCGAGGCGGCUGCUCGAAACCUGUCACGAAUGGAUGGCUUACUCUAUAUCAACUCCUCCAUUUUGGCCCUGAGGGAUGCCAGCCAUUGUGGAUAUUCCAGAGCUUCUUAUGUUCUUGGUGUCAUCUUCGAAAUUGGACUAGGUAUAUCUCCAGACCCACUUCAGGGAUUGCUCUACAGCUUGGUUGCAGCUCAGGAAGGGGACCGGCUGGCUUUGAUGAAUCUUGGCUACAAGCACUACCGGGGGGUUAGUAAUUAUCCCCAGGAUCUUGAGGUCUCCUAUGCUUACUAUAGUGACGUGGCUCUAAAGACACCCCGUGAUCAACAAUCCGGAGGAAGAGAUCAGGCCUUGGUUGAAGCAAUCAGACUUCAGGAUGAUGAGUUACUAAAAGCCUUGGCCAAAGAAAAUGGGGAUAUUUUCAUGUGGUUGAAACAUGAAGCAGUAAGAGGAGAUUCGGCUGCACAGCAACGUCUGGGACAGAUGCUUUUCUGGGGCCAGCAAGGAGUAGAAAAAAAUAUAAGGAAAGCUGUGGAAUGGUAUGCAAAGGGUGCUUUAGAAAAUGAAGACCCAGUCUCUUUAUUUGACUAUUCCAUUGUGUUAUUCAAGGGCCAAGGGGUAAAAAGGAACCGACGUCUUGCUUUCCAGCUGAUGAAAAAGGCCUCUUCAAAGGGAUUCCCCCAGGCAGUCAACGGCCUUGGCUGGUAUUAUCACACCUUUAAAAGAGAUUAUGCCAAAGCAGCCAAAUAUUGGCUAAAAGCCGAAGCCAUGGGUAGUCCAGAGGCCACCUUCAACCUUGGGGUUUUGCAUUUAGAUGGACUGUAUCCAGGAACGACGGGUAGAAAUCGGACUGCUGCGGCUGGGUAUUUCUAUAAAGCCGCAGAAAAAGGUAAUAUGGAAGGGACUCUGCACUGCUCCCAGUUUUACAUUACAGGAAAUCUACCAAGCUUCCCCAGGGAUCCGGAAAAGGCAGUACUGUAAGUAAGGAGAAAGGAGAAACAAUUGCAAAAAAAAAUAUUACUUGGUUGACCCUAAUCUGUAUUAGGUGGUUAGUAUGAUCUUUUUGCAUGCGGUUUUCCUAUUUGGGAUUCCAUGCGAGCUAGGGAUUGUCAGAAGCUCUGCAGGAGCUCUUGGUAAUUAGAUAAAUAAAGAAGCAUCCCUGUUUUGAACUUCAUACUCCAUACAACAUUAGAAGUGGUAGGAAUUCUCACAUACCAUGGUUACUUAACUUCCCCCUCCUCCUCCUCUUCUCCUUUCUGGCACAUCCUCCUCUUUCCUAUGGUAUGUUGGAAUGAUCUUGUUAGUCAUCAUCCUCACACAACCACACAUGUCAUCCAUUUCAUUUCUUCUUCUU